GUUAAUGAAUCACUCAUCAUCUGUCCACACCUUAUAAGAGGCAGCACAGGUUCACAUCCUGCAGACGACAAGAGGCUUCCCGUCACCUGAAGAUGAGGUCGCUCAGCGUUGUGGUUCUUCUGGUUCUGUGUGUGAGCAGUGGAGCUGUGCAGGUGAAGGUCGGAGACCGGAGUUUCCCCCUGGAGGCCGUGAAGCAGCUGAAGGAGCUGAUGGACCUAGACGACGACAUCAGCCCUCGACUGUCAGAGACCAGUGUCAUGGCUGCUUGUUCCAACCCGCUGCUUCCUCAGGUGUUUCAGACAGUCUGCCGAGGGAAGGGGACGGGCGUCGUCUUCUCCAGACUAGUGUACAUCCUCACGUCUACAGAUCCUUGUGAAAUCUGUUCCAACCCCUCGUGCUUCGGGUGUUUGACCUGAGUCGGAGGCUUCGUCCUCCACAGUCUUCUUCUUCUGCACUGACGUGUCGUGUUCAACAUGCUGGAGUGUAAAGUUAUUAACCAUUAUUAUAUGUUUUGGUGCUGUUCAUACAUACAGAGUACCUUUCCUGUAAAGCGUUUGAAGACUUUACAUUUUUUCUUUUAAUUUAUUUCUUUUGUUACUAAAAUAUAAAUUCUUUGCACCAUUUAAAUCAUUUCUUGUUGAUUCAAAAAUAUAGCUAUGCUGACUACAGUGUGUCACACACACACACACAUACACACACACAAACAGGGAGAGUAAACUGUCUCACAGGUAUUGAAUGAAAAACAAUAAACGAUGAAAUCAAA